AUGGACACCACCAAGCGUCGGGUACCUGCCCGUCAAUACCCUGUCAUGACCAGGCGGGAGGUCGAGCAGCUCAUAGCAGACGGCAGGACCAUUGUUAUCCUGGACCAACAUGUCCUCAAGGUCGAUGCCUGGAUGAAGUACCACCCUGGCGGCGACAAAGCCAUCCAGCACAUGGUCGGGAGAGAUGCCACCGACGAGGUUAACGCCCUUCACUCCCCCGAGGCACGGGCAAUGAUGAAUAAAUUUAGAAUCGGUCGCAUCGACCACAGGUGGAAGAACAUGUUGCCCCCUAUUCAGGGCGGCGUCUUCGCACCCCAGACAGACGCCGACGGUGGCUUAGAUGACCCCGGGGUGGCGUGCCCCGCGAGGGACUCCCCGACCUCUAGUCAUGCUAGCUCACGAUCCGCCUCGCCUGUGUUUGAUACACAUGACAGCCAUGGCCAAGCUCUACGCAGCCGCAAGGCUGGCGCUGCCUCUCCCUCGUCCAUGCGGCCGUCGUCCUCGACCUCGGUCACGUCCGCCGACGACGAUGGUAGUGAUGAGCCGGCCGACGGGAUGAGCCUCCUGGACCGCAGGACCAUGCAGGAGAUCAAGCAGGACCUUGAGAUCUACCCCGCCUUGGACCCCGCCACCCAAGACAACAUCGUGGACAAGUACCGCCAGCUGAACGAGAGGAUCAAGGCCGAGGGGCUCUACCAGUGCAACUACUGGGCCUACGCCGUUGAGUGUUUCCGCUACACCCUGUUCUUCAGCCUCUUCGUACUCUUCCUGCGCUGGAAGUGGUGGGUCACGAGCGCGUGGUGGCUCGGCUGCUUCUGGCACCAGCUGGUCUUCUCUGCCCACGACGCCGGUCACAUGGGCAUCACCCACAACUUCCACGUCGAUACCGUCAUCGGGAUCAUCAUAGCCGACUUCGCGGGCGGCCUGUCCCUGGGAUGGUGGAAGAGGAACCACAACGUGCACCACAUCGUGACCAACUCCCCCGAGCACGACCCGGACAUCGAGCACAUGCCCUUCUUCGCCAUCUCGCACCGCUUCCUACAGAAUCUGCGCUCCACCUACUACGAGCGCGUCAUGGCCUACGAUGCGUUCGCCAAGGUCAUGUUGAAGGUCCAGCACUACUCCUACUACCCGAUCCUGCUCUUUGGCCGCUUCAACCUCUACCGUCUCUCAUGGGAGUACCUCAUCGGCCGGCAGGCCCCUCGGAAGGGCCCAGCCUGGUGGCACCGCUGGCUCGAGCUGGCGGGCCAGGUCUUCUUCUGGUACUGGUUUGGCUACAUCGUGGUCUACAAGUCCAUCGACUCGAACUGGGCCCGCUUCGCCUUCGUCAUGGUGAGCCACAUGGUGACAAUGCCUCUGCACGUGCAGAUAACGCUGUCCCACUUCGCCAUGAGCACCGCAGAGUUAGGCCCGGCCGAGUCCUUCCCGCAGAAGAUGCUGCGGACCACCAUGGACGUGGACUGCCCCCUGUGGCUCGACUUCUUCCACGGCGGGCUCCAGUUCCAGGCCAUACACCACCUCUACCCGCGCAUCCCGAGGCACAACCUGCGCACAACGCAGAAGCUGGUGCAGGGGUUCUGUGAGGAGGUCGGCAUCCCGUACGCGCUGUACGGCUUUGUGGGCGGGAACAAGAAGGUCAUUGGCCGCCUGGCGGAUGUGAGCAGGCAGGCCGCCAUCUUAGCCAAGUGCCAGCAGGUUCUGGCUCAGAGCGGCGACCCCCUGCACCAUCACUGA